ACCAUCACUGCUCGCCAUUAUGCUCGCGACAGCCUUGCUCGCCUGGUCGUACUACUAUGAUGAUGGUACCUGGCGUGGGCUGGCUAAAGUGGCUGCAUCUGCAGGGCAGCAACAUCAAUCAGCAGGCACGACAGGGUGGGGACCCUCCUCACAUGAAUCGGGCACAGUCUUUCUUCCCACCGAGCCAAGCCACCCUCGUCGCCGCGGUCGUCGUGGCCGUCCUGCCGUCCUACUGUCUACACUCGGUACUGUACGGAUACGCGAGGGACAGAGCCAGGAACACCCGACACAUUGCGGGAUAGCGCCGCACACUGUCCCCAGGACUGUGAGGGAAUUGGCACUCGGCCGGGGCAGCACAGGGGAGACCCCAACCGAACUGACCGAGGGGGACCCAAAAUGCCUCAUCCAUCGCCCACGGCAAUGGCCCGAGAUGCGUCCGCAUGCAUGCAGCGUGGUGGAGCCCACCUGGCUCCUCGACCGCCCGCCCGCCGGGCCUAACUUGCUAACACACACGGCAACGGCAACGUAGUAGCUACUGUGCGGUCCCGGGGCCCCGUAGUGGGCUGCAUCUGCAUGUGCAGCAGAAGCCCACCCGGAUAAGGCCCCAGGGGGGGGCCCAGUACCACAUAGGCUACCAGGCAGGCUUCUAGAAGGACGGUCAGGAACCGCGUCCCGUUUCUUUUCCUGCCCUGGCCCCGUCAGAACCCGUGUUUGUGUCGAGUCGGUCAGAUCGGUGAGACUGAGCCAUCGAGGGCGGUGCCCCGGUGCCCCGUGCCCCCGUGCCCGGUGGAGAUUGGGUUUGCGCACCGGAAAGGGGGCUGAUGGGCUCGGAACCGGAGCUGGAGCCCUGCCUGAUCGGUCUAAAUUGUACUCAUGCUGCGUGGGUGCUUGGGUGCUUGCAUGGUGCCCCUCUACACGGUGUCAUACCCUGCUAGGGCGUACGCGUCGCGGUCACGGUGUCUCUCGCUCAAAUGGGAUGAAGUGUUAAACUGCUAUAGGACUCCCCAGGAACUCCGAUAUGACAUGUUGUCUUCUUUCAAAGGUGUGGUAAAAGUACGUGCGAUAGUCUUUGUGGUGAGAGUUGGUUGAGGAUCAAUUCAAUGUUGACAUGCUGCUGUGCUUGCAAGCCAGUCCUACCAAUCAGCCAUUCCAUUUGUAAUCCGCCUGGAGGGAAUCAGGCGGGGCUAUCGUCGUAGCUAGCCUCGCACAAGACGGUGAUUGAUAUUCUUCUCCAUGCCUUGGUGAAGACAUGCAUUGGGCUUUAGACUUUGGCGUUCAGAUGGCGAGUUGCUCGUGGCACGUGACCAAAAUGGAAUGGCCGUGACCUCGCAGCGGAUUUCUGCAACUGAGGUCUGUCUGCAUCUGCAUCCCAGCAAUUCAACCAUGGAAGAUGGUGAAUUCAAUGCUGGUCGAGAUUGCGUCUCGACGAGAGCACUAGAUUGCAGUUGCAGUUGCAGUUUUCAACCAGAGACGAGCUAACACGGGACUUGAGAGCGCGCCUUCCAGUAGUCGAGAGGAAUUGAGCACCGAUGAACUUAGGCAGCAACACCAAGGGCUGAGUGCCAGACAGACAUCCGACCCCUUCUCGUGGCCCCCACAGCAAGACCCUGAGUGCCGGGUCGUCUUUGAGAUGACGUUUCUCUCGAAUCUCGCGCCCAGGCUGCCGCGCGAGAUCCCAGGUUUCUACUAUGACGAGGAUAAGAAGCGUUACUUCAAGAUCGAGUCACACCCCACUGCGCCAGCCAACGCAGCAUGGGCCGCUGGCAACGUCAAGAAGCGCAAGGCUGAGAAGGCACAGGCCCAGCAGAAGCGCAAGCGCCAGGACAAGCUGAAGGGCUGCAUCAAGCCGUCUGCCGUCCUCGCCCAUCCCUUGGUCGGAGGGAGGCUUCGGCGCGAGUUCGGCGUCGUCGAUUACGAAACACCCGUCGAGAGCUGGGCUGCCGGCCUGCGCCAGAAGGGCGAGGUGUCCUUCUUGCCCGGUCGGGAGCGACAGCCGGAUCCCCCCAGCAUCUCGUGUCUGCUCGUCGAGGGAGGCGAUGAGGCAGCUGGUCUGGGCAUGGCCUACGCCGCGGUCGGUGGCCGACAGCUCGAGAGCUCUUACAUCCCCACCGACAAGGACGAGAGGAUCAACUUUGGGUCUGACUCGGCGAGGAUGCGAGCCCCACGGUUAUCUGCACUGCAGAGCGAGGAGAUCCAGGGCGGCAUAUCUUCCAUCGCGUACCACCGGGGCUCCCACACAAUGAUAGUCGCCUCGACCGCCACCAGCAGCCUCGACGUCGAAUCGCGAGGCAGGAUCAACCUCUUCCAGCCUGCCCUCGCCGCCGAACUACCGGCCCUCGAGCGCGACGGCUGGUUCCUGAGGCAGUUUGGUAGCCGGAGACCAACCUGGCUGCUGGGCGAAACGUCCGCCUACGUCUCCUAUACCUCGCCCGUGCGCGGCCUCACAAUACACACCGUCCGCGCCUGCCCCGCCUCGACCUCUGGCUCCGGAACCGAGGCCCUGAUCGCGACCAGCCACGGGAUCAUGAGCUUCGACGGCGAGAUCAACUGGGUGACGCCCAAGCCCCCAGCAAACCUGCAACUGUCCCCCUCCUCCUCCCGCCGCGGUAAUCAUCAUCAUCGUGGAGGCGGGGGAACAAGGGCGUUGCUUCGCGACGUCUUCAGCGUCGACUACUCACCCUCCAACCCACGCGUCUGCUACGCCGGCUGCCGCGACAGCCGGGUCUUCCGCGUCGACAUGCGUGCGCCCCCGCCGGGAGGAGACGCAGGCUGGGACUCGUUCCGGCACGUCAGCAGCGCCGCACACGUGCGCUGCCUCGACGACCACCGUGUUCUCGUCGCGGGGCCCCGGUCCGCCAUGGCCAUCUACGAUACCCGCUGGGCCGCACCACGCAGGUCCUCCUCCCACCCAUCAAACAGCGGUAGGAACGACUAUAGGAAUAACAACAACCGCCACUACAACAACAACAACAACAACAACAACAUCGCGCAACCGGUCGUGCAGUUUCCGGGGUACAGCAACGAGGCGCACAUCCAGAUCGGGCUGGACGUGACGCACGACGCGGGCGGGCCGUGUGGCAGCGGCAGCGGCGGGGGCGGGAUCGCGGCGGCGGCGCUGGGCGACGGCACCGUGGGCAUCUUCUCGCUGCGGACGGGGCGGAGGCUGCGGGCAGGGGACGUCGAUGACCCCCGUGUGCUCAAGGCCCCCGGCACCGGGGCCGGAGGGGUCGUCAGGGCGCUGCAGUUCCAGAGGCUGCCGUGGGAGAAGGAGGCCAGCCUGUUUGUGGGCGUGGGCCCCGUGGUGAAGAAGUUCACCUUUGGGGUUGGGGACGGCGAGGAGGACUGGUGAGCUGUGGUUGUGAUGGCCAAGGGCUAGGCUGAGGAGGAGAAAUGAAUGGGUCAGGUCAGGUCAGGUCAGGUCAGGUCAGGUCAGCAGCAGCAGCCAGCCUGCUAGCCGGCUAUAGAAUGGUUAAGCUUACUCCCCCUGCUGCGGCUGAGGCAUGCUGGCUCCUGGUGGACCUCCAUGGCCUCUGGGGGAAGCAGAAGGAAGCACGCGUAUUUUCACACUUAGAUACCCCAGCGUGCAUGUCGAUGAAUCAAACGAGCUCUGCCUGUGUAUCCGCUACGCGGCUACGGAAUCUGUAUGAAAC